GGGCGGUGACGGCCCCCAGCGCCGCCGCCAUGAACCACAAGAGCAAGAAACGGAUCCGUGAGGCGAAGCGCAGCGCCCGGCCCGAGCUGAAGGACUCGCUGGACUGGACCCGUCACAACUACUGCGAGACGUUCCCCCUCAGCCCCACCGCCUGCAAGGAUAACGUGGAGAGGGCAGAUGCACUCCAGUUAACAGUGGAGGAGUUUGUUGAGCGUUAUGAAAAGCCUUACAAGCCCGUGGUGCUGCUGAACGCUCAGGUGGGCUGGUCUGCCCAGGAGAAGUGGACGCUGGAGCGGCUGAAACGCAAGUACAGGAACCAGAAGUUCAAAUGUGGGGAGGACAAUGAUGGAUACUCCGUGAAGAUGAAGAUGAAAUAUUACAUCGAGUACAUGGAAACCACGCGUGAUGACAGCCCCCUGUACAUCUUUGACAGCAGCUAUGGAGAGCAUCCCAAGCGAAGGAAACUCCUGGAGGACUACAAGGUCCCCAAAUUCUUCACUGAUGAUCUCUUUCAGUAUGCAGGGGAGAAACGAAGGCCGCCCUACAGGUGGUUUGUGAUGGGCCCACCUCGUUCUGGAACAGGAAUUCACAUCGAUCCCUUGGGAACCAGUGCAUGGAAUGCCUUAGUGCAGGGACAUAAGCGUUGGUGCCUGUUCCCAACCAGCACCCCCAGAGAGCUGAUCAAAGUGACACGGGAAGAGGGGGGCAACCAGCAGGACGAGGCCAUCACCUGGUUCAAUGUCAUCUAUCCUCGGACACAGCUUCCCACCUGGCCCCCUGAGUUCAAACCCCUGGAAGUCUUACAGAAACCAGGAGAGACAGUCUUUGUGCCAGGUGGCUGGUGGCACGUAGUCCUCAAUCUUGACACGACUAUUGCCAUCACACAAAACUUUGCCAGCUGUACCAACUUCCCAGUGGUGUGGCACAAGACAGUAAGAGGGAGACCUAAACUGUCACGGAAAUGGUACAGGAUCCUAAAGCAGGAGCAUCCUGAAUUGGCAGCCUUGGCUGAUUCAGUUGACCUGCAGGAAUCUACUGGUAUUGCUUCUGACAGUUCUAGUGAUUCUUCCAGUUCAUCAAGUUCCAGCUCCUCCGACUCUGAUUCAGAGUGUGACUCUGGCUCUGAGACAGAGGGGAUGAUGCACCGCAGGAAAAAGCGGAGGACGUGCGGAAUGAUGGGGAACGGGGACACAACUUCCCAGGACGACUGCGUCAGCAAAGAGCGCAGCUCCUCCAGAGGCUUGCCAAAAGUUCUUAAGCAAAUUCCUUGCAGCUUGGUUAACCAGUGCUGCUGGAUUGGCUGCCUGCCUGCAUUAGAGUGCUGACCAGCUCUUGAGCUCUUGGAUGCUCCAGGAUUAGGGAAUCUUGUGGAGGCCGCAGCUACCCCUGAGGGAUAACGCCACCUACCCAGAGGCAGCUGCUGAUGGAAGCUCUGUUAGCAGCCAGCCAGCUCUGUUCUACUCCCUUCUGCUUCUAUUUCUCACACUCCUUAAGUUUUUGUUACUCUUCCUCAAUCCAGACAUCUUCGUUACGUGCUGUCCAAGGUUGGUUCCCUGUAGGGGAACGCCCCGACUGCGUCCUUUGUGCAAUGCUUCGUCCCCUCUGCACCCCGGGUGAGUGCGCUGUAACCCAGCUGUGGGGAAGGACAUUUCAUGGGUCACAGAACUGGCAAGGAAGGCAACGGUCAGUUUUUAAAGAACUCUUUUUAAAACCAGCAGGUAAAUGUAAAAACCUGCCUUGCUUUGACACUGUCAUAUGUUUACAUGUUGUCCUGUACACUUGAGGAAAGGAACACCAGCCCUUUUGGCCUAUCGGAACGACUGGUGGAUCUCACACCAGAAUUUUCUGAAGAACAAGGAGGAAAUGAGCUUCUGCAAGAACUGAGCUGUGGAAAAGUGAGUCCUUGGAUCUUACCCUGCUGCAGGAGAACAUUGCUGUCAGGGCUGGCACUUCCAAGUGUGUGUCUCAUAAAAUCCUGGAAUACGAAA